AUGGGUGCAACGGCGACGGAGCCGCCCUCGGUCUCCCUCUCGUUCGCCAACAAUUUCUGGGGCAAAGAUGACGCCGGCGUCGGUCCUAUGCUCGACCGCAUGCAUGCGGCAAAAGUCACAAACGACGAACUCAAACACUUUUACGCCGCGCGAGCAUCAAUUGAAGAAGACUAUGCACGAAAACUCUUGAAUUUGUCGCGGAAGUCACUUGGUUCUUGCGAAACUGGCACUCUUCGACUGUCGUGCGAUGUCAUCCGAGCCGAGGUCGAAUCCAUGGGAAAGGCGCAUCAGAAUGUAGCCCAGCAGAUGAAGACAGAGCUAGAAGAGCCCCUCGCAGCCUUCGCCGGUGGAAUGAAGGAGCGGAGGAAGAUUGUGCAGAAUGGCAUUGAGAAGCUGCUCAAGCUGAAAAUGCAGCAGACAUCGACCAUGAACAAGGCACGCGACAAGUACGAGCAGGACUGUCUUAAGAUCAAGGGCUUCCUAGCGCAAGCGCACAUGGUCAUGGGACAGGAAGAGCGCAAGAAUAAGGCCAAACUGGAGAAGACGCAGAUCAACCUGGCCACAACAAGCGCCGACUACGAGGCUGCAGUCAAGGUGCUUGAAGAAACCACAGGCCGAUGGAACCGUGACUGGAAAGCUGCAUGCGACAAGUUCCAGGACCUUGAAGAAGAGCGCAUCGACUACACCAAGAGUAGCUUGUGGAAUUUCGCCAACAUUGCCUCGACCGUAUGCGUCAGCGACGACGCUUCAUGCGAGAAAAUCCGACUGUCGCUUGAGGACUGCGACGUAGAAAAGGACAUCACCGGCUUCAUCAAAGAGUCUGGAACUGGCCAGGAAAUUCCCGAUGCGCCCAAGUUCAUCAACUUUUGCAGGGGCGACGCAGAGACUUCGUCACAAGUCUCUGAGGACGAGAACUACUCAGUUGCACAAUUCGCCAGGACAUUGAAUCCGGCGUAUCGCGCUUCAUCGCCAGCGCCUUCCAACUUUGACUCUCACCACGAUCCAAACAAUCCUUUGGCUCGAGAGAUGGGACUCCAAAGGGACACACGUCCAAUCUUACCCGACGAUAUUGAUGCUCUACCCCUUCAACCUGUAGAGAGCCGUCGUCAGUCAAUGGACAGGCCACGCCAGUCAAUGGAUAGGCCUCGCCAGUCGAUAGACAUGCCUCGACAAUCAGUAGACCGGUCUCGCCAGUCGAUAGAUAUGCCUCGCCAGUCAGUGGACCGGUCUCGCCAAUCGGUAGACAGGUCCCGUCAGUCAGUAGACAUGUCUCGGCAGGCGGCCGAGUCACCACAACCAUACCUGGACGAACCGCAACAAUAUGUUGAGUCUCCACGACAUGUCGACUCGCAACGGCAACGCGCAGAGCAACCGCGACAGUCACGGCAAUAUGUGGAACAGCAAAGACAAUACAUUGAGCAGUCACAACAGCAUGUGGAGCCACUAAGGCGAUAUACAGAAUCACCGAGGUUGCAGUAUGCUGAACCACCAAGACAGCAGUAUACCGAACCCCCGAGACAGCAGCAUACCGAACCCCCGAGACAGCAGUAUACCGAACCCCCGAGACAGCAGUAUGUAGAGCCACCAAAGCCACAAUAUACGGAACCAUCCAGACAACAAUACGUCGAGUCACCUGAACCACAAUAUGUGGAACCACCAUAUGAGGAACCACCAUACGAGGAACCGCCAUACGAAGAACCACCAUACGAGGAACCACCAUACGAGGAACCACCAUACGAGGAACCACCCCAGCAGCAAUAUAUAGAGCCGCCCAAACCGCAAUAUACAGAACCGCCAAAGCAACAGCAGAUUGAGCCUCUACGAAAACGUGCAGACACACUGAGACAACGUGUAGAAUCACCACAGCCGAUACAAUCUCCCCAAGCAACACGGGGAGUGCAGCCAGACCCUCGGCUUGUCCAAGCACAAGAGCAGGCACGUCAACAGUAUCAGCAAACCCCGGUACCCCACAACGACUACCCGGCAGAUGGGAUGACCCAAUUCUGCCGCAUCGGUGCGCCACCUGAUCGAAGUUCAAUCCCAAGUCCGGUUCGUCCUGCUAGUAGGGGUUCGCAGAGUGACUGUUCAAAUCCCAAUUCCUUCUCAAGUGUCGAGCCACCCAGUGGCUCUUGUUCACCUGGCAAGCCGAUGGCUGCUCCAUCGAUUCCUGAACCUAGCCCGAUUGAAGAGGGUACUGUGCAGAAGAAGAGAGGAUUCUUCAACAGCCCGUUCGCGAGGAGAAAGAGCAAGCAUGAGAUCGAGCCACCAGCUCUCGCGCCCAGCACCCGGAAAACCUGGACACCUCCCUCACGGAGGAAUACCGAAGAGAACAACAGUCUGACAAAGAGUUUUGUCAUCAGGCCUACUCGGGCUAUUGAGAGCAAACCACCUUCUCCCGGUCCGGAACCAGCUGAUCCACGGGCAAACUUCCAGCUCAACGUUGGUAACAACGUAUUUGACGUCGCUUCACCGGACAAGAAGAAGCAGGAACCGGAGCCUGAGGCGCAGGAAGAACUCGAUCCCAUUGCACAGGCUCUUGAAGAGCUGAGGGGUGUUACCAAGCAGACUUCAGUUCGUCAGCCUGAAGAGCGCAAACAAGCUGCUGUACGCCAGACUGCAGAUCGUUAUCACGGUCUUGCCACACCGGCACCUCCUGCUACUCCUGCUGUCGGUUCAAAGCUGGCUGGCAGCGUACCUACACCACUUUCUAGUGCCAGCAUCACUGCGGCAAAACGGGGCACGCCUCCGCCCUCAUACGAGCAGCCACCCAUGUCCCGUCUGGGCGCCCCUAAGCCAGCACAUACAGCUCGCCAGAUGCAAAAGACCACACAAAUGUAUGUGAAUCAAAAGGUGAACAUGUUCAAUGGGGGCGAUGCAGCUCGUCCUCCAAGCCGGAGCCCAACGAAGCAAGAGGCUCCCCGUACUACUGCUGCUACUCCGCAGGCUGCCUCCCCACGAACUGCCUCCCCAGCACCUGCGCGUGCUGUCAGUCCACGACCAACUCUGCAAACGGCAAAACAAACUCCGUCCCAGAAUUCCUACCGGACUACUCCAACGCAGCAACAACCUCAAUCGCCGUCAACCUAUCAGCCCGUGCAGCGACAGUCGACAAUUCCCUCACAGCCUGCGCAAAGACCACCAUCUCAAGCAUCUCAGCGUCCACUACGCCAACAAGCAGCUGCUCAGGCAGUAUCUCGGCCUGCAUCCAGACAACAGUCACAGCAGCAGAAACCUUCACCGGCUACUCAGCCAGUACCACGACCUGCAUCUAGACAGCAGGCACAGCCGCAGGUAACGCCACCAGCUGCUCAGCAGGCAUCACGGCCCAUGUCCAGACAGCAGACACAGCAGCAGCCAGCUUCUCCCGCAGCUUCAAAUAAUCGGACGGAGUCACCAAAUCCCUAUGCUCCAUCUAGUGCUGGAGGCAGACCGCGGGCUCAGACAGGCACUGCUUCGGCUCAGGCUUAUGGUACACCUAUGGGUCGUAACACGUUCACGUCUUCGCGUGGUCAAUCACCGACUGUCAACAACACACAAACUGCUGCAUCACCCAAGCCUCUGCAACAGAAACCUGUCCAACAACAGCAGGCCUCGCAGCCAAAGCCUGUGCAACAGCCGCCUCCACAGCAAAAGCCUGUCCAACAGCCGCCUCCACAACCAAAGCCUGUGCAACAGCCGCCUCCACAGCCAAAGCCUGUCCAACAGCCGCCUCCACAGCCAAAGCCUGUCCAACAGCCGCCUCCACAGCCAAAACCUGUCCAACAGCCGCCUCCACAGCCAAAGCCUGUCCAACGGCAACCUCCACAGCCAAAGCCUGUCCAGCAAGUACCACGGCCCGCAUCUAGACAGCAAGCACAACAGCCUUCCCCACAAAAGCCAGUUCAGCAACAGCAACCUCCACAACCAAAGCCUGUCCAGCAAGUACCACGGCCCGCAUCUAGACAGCAAGCACAGCAACCUCCCCCACAAAAGCCAGUUCAGCAACCGCCUCCUCAGCAGCAGCAACCCUCACAACAGAAACCUGCUCCACAAGCGUCCAGACCUGCAUCCAGACAACAGGCACAGCCGCCUCCCCAGCAGCAGCCACCUCCUCAGCAACCCCCUCAACCAGCCUUUGCGCAAGCCCAAUCCCGUCCACAAUCCCGCGCGGCCGCAUCUUCUCGAGCAGCAAGCCCCAACCCUCAAUUUCGCCAAUCCUUUGAUCGGCCUGGUAGCUCUCUAGGCAGCGAAAUGGCCUUGGCCCUUUCCACCGCUGGUAGCGAGCGCGGUGAUGGCAGCGUCUACGGCGGAAGCCAGUACGGAGGCAGUGUGCGCGGCAGAGCCAAUACCGCCCGCCCGCAGAGUUCGUACAUGGGCAGCGAAUUUGGGUUCAACGGCGGAUCGGGAAGCUCCGUGAGAGCGGAGUCGAGAGUGCGCAGUAAGAGUCUUGCUGAGCCAAAGAAUUAUAACAGUCAGGGACGAUUGAUUUUGAAUUAUUCUCGUGCCAUGUACUCGUACGCAGCCCAGAUUCCAGAGGAGCUAGGAUUCCAAAAGGGAGAUAUCCUUGCUGUUCUCCGUCUGCAGGAUGAUGGAUGGUGGGAGGCUGAAGCAGUGGGCAAGCAGGGUCGACCAGGUCUUGUGCCCUCCAACUACCUGCAGCCUUGCUAGAUGGUAUUUGAAAUGUUUUGGAAGAAAGAAAUAAGGUGAGAUUUAAUGAAUGCGUUGGUUUAGUUCAUCUUUGUUUUCUUGUAUUCAGCGAACUUUUUGAUUUACACAUACCCACUCUCGUUCCUAUAAGCUCAUGUUUGGCGUUUUUAAGGGAGAUUGUUUUAAUUGGGUUUGUUGGUUUGACGAAGCGAUGGGACAGACAGAUGGGCACAUAUAUGUAGUGAACGAAAUUGUACAUGAUUCAACGCAC